AUGUCAAACUCCGAAAAAGGCGUGUCGCCGAACGAUGAGGAGGUAAACAGUACCAGUGCAGGCUCCCUCACCUCUCCGGUUCUAGGACAACCACGAAAAGUAAAAUGGUACCGAUCAACCUUCUACAACGCCCUAAUCCUCGGCCUAUGCAACUUCCUCGCACCAGGAAUCUGGGGCGCAAUGAAUUCCCUCGGCGGCGGAGGCGAAGAAAACCCAUAUCUAGUGAACGCAGCAAACGCGCUAACAUUCGGUCUAAUGGUCGUAUCCUGCUUCCUGGGCAGCGUGGUCGUCCGCUUCAUCGGAAUAAAAUGGACACUCAUCGUCGGAACAAUUGGGUACGCACCCUACGCCGCAGGCCUAUAUACAAAUAACCGAUUCGGAGACGAGUGGCUGGUCAUCUUGGGUGCAGCGUUAUGUGGUAUAUCAGCGGGGAUAUUCUGGAUGUCUGAGGCUGCUAUUGCACUUUCUUAUCCGGAGCCAUAUAACCAAGGUCGGUUCUUGGGGUUCUGGCUUAGUUUCCGUGUUGGGGGGCAGAUUCUUGGUGGUGUUAUCAAUCUGGGUAUUAAUGCACAUCGGUCUACAUCCGGUUCCAUCUCCUAUACGGUUUACCUGGUUUUCAUUGCGUUGCAGGCUCUUGGUCCUUUUGCUGGUUUGCUGUUGAGUACGCCGGCGCAAGUUCAGCGGAAGGACGGUAUCCAGGUUCAGCUGCAGGUGAACAACAGUAUUGGGUUUGAGUUGAAGAGCAUGGUGAAACUCUUUGUCAGUCGGAAGUUCGCACUUAUCAUUCCUCUUGUUUGUCAGGCUGUCUAUACUGAAGCUGUUAUGUUCUCGUAUGAAGGCUUGUGGUUCUCCGUGCGGGCUAGAGCUCUGGGUUCAUUACUGUCUGGUGUUAUCGCGUUGGUUAUCGGGAAUCUGCUUGGUGCUUUCCUUGAUACGAAGAGGAUGUAUUUGAAGGCAAGGACGAGGUAUGCUUUCUUCUUCGUUGUUGCCUGGCAGGGUAUGUGCUGGACAUGGGCGUCAGUCGUGACGACGGAAUUCAAUAAAACAAACCCAACAUUUGACUGGACUGAUCCUGGUUUCGGGAGAGCUUUUGCGCUUUUCCUAUUUUGGGUUGCCGGUUUCCAGCUAAACUAUAUGUAUCUAUUCUUUUUGGUUGGAAACCUUGCGAAUGAUCAGGAGGAGGUUGUGCGGAUUGCGGGUUUGUUGCGUGGGACUGAGUCGGCUGCUCAGUGUGUUAGUUACGGUCUCAGCAGUGUGAACAUUAUGGCUGCAGUGGGAAGUGUAUAUCUCAACUUUGGGCUAUGGGCAAUUGCAAUCAUCCCAGCCUGGCUCAUUGUCAAGCAGGUUGGAGUAGCAUUCGGUGACAAAAAGAUUGACAGGGAGACCCAUGUUUUGCGCGAAGGCUCAAACAAUGAAUGA